AUGGAUAUCACCAGCUUUGUGGUUUCUGGCCGUGAGAAAGCAAAGCUCUUUGGUGAUUAUUCCACUUACAGAACCCAAUUGUCAAAUCGAAUUCAUAACCUACGGAAGAAGCUGGGAAUUGCAACAAAACCCCGCGCGAAGUACACUGCCAAAGCCGCCCCGACAGUCACUGACAUUAGAACUAAUCAUGAGCAUAUCCAUCUCCUACUUCUCACCUCCGAGAGAGCGUGGGCACAUGCAAUGUCAAUGCGAGAAAUACAUUCAACGGACACAAAAGGAAUUACGGGCACCACUCGGUCGCACAUAAUAUCUCGCCUCCAUAAGGCUACUGUAUAUGCAAAUGAUCUGUUUCUACUACUAAGGGACCAGUCAGCUACUGGAGCAACCGGUCGGGACGUGCUUGAAGCCAGGGCUUAUGUUGCGUCCUUGAAUGGAGCUAUGCAUUUCGAAAAACAGAGCUGGGAAUUUUGCGUAAGAAGCUAUUCUGAAGCUAGGAUCAUAUACAACUCACUAUAUUCGACAACCAAAACGGAAAUAUUCAAAGAUCUCCUGUCAGAUCCGGUCGAUGUGAGCAUAAGAUAUGGCGCAUACCAAAUGAGAAUUCCUAGAACAAAGGCUAUACCUGCUAUCUCUCGAGAAUAUUUCCCAACGUCAGAUUCAGAGUUGGUCAGUCAGAUUGAAGAGGUAGAUCCAAAUGCACUGAACGCGCGCCCUACAAAGGUCAAAGAUGAAGCGGCAGGUGCUGAAGCAGCCCCUAAGACCAUCACCUGGAGGUCCCGAACGGUUGACUUAGAAGAUGCGGCCAUCGCUGCUGCUCUUGGGUCCGUUCAAACCGCGGUCAAGCGAUUGUCGGAUACAUUAACGUCCACCAGCACUGCCCAUACGAAGGAUGUGGGAGCCGCCUAUGAUGACGUUCUGAUAUUAAGUCAGGAUGCCGUGGAUGCCACGAAACAAGCAAUAGAUGAACUAGUUAGUGAGAGAGUUGGUUCCGGUGACAAGCGAAUGCAGAGUCUACAGAUCACAAGAACGGCGGUUAGUUACGAGAUGAUUAGUUGGCGCAUCGGACGAAAUCGAGUGUUGGUCGGAGAGUCAGAUGGAGCAGUCAUUAAGAGUUCUAUAGCAGCCAACACCAAACACCAAAAGUCGAAUUCAAAAGAGGAAGAAGGCACAGGUCGAAAGCUUUCGCAUCUACGGGAGAAAGUAGUAUUGUACGACGCUAUUCUCCAAAGCUUAGAUUCAAUCAAGGAGCUUCCAGGUAUAGCUGCUGAUUCGGACUUCAUCGAGGAGAUUAAUGCGAAGGCCGCAUACUUCUCAGCCUUAAAAUGCCUUUCUAUUGCCCGAUCUCACGCUCUUCUCCCGAACCUCAAAAAUGCCCUCGCACUUGUUGCGCGCGCGGCCGAAAAAUGCAACGUAGCUUACUCAUAUCUAUCCACAUCAAUGGACACUUCAACAGAUGCUCCGCCAAAUAUCUCAAUAUCUUCCCGAGAAGUCACAUUUCUGAAGGACCUUCUCAGCGGGGAAGUUCAACGCUACCGAGCCCUCGUUGAGCUCUCAAAUCUUGCCAGAAGCAACGACCUAGAUUCCAACUCUAUCACAACUUCACCUUUGGUCGAAAGACUUCACGAAUAUCCAAUGCAGCCUGUGAACCUGGAAAAUCUCGUUACAUACCCCCCUAGGCUUGAGCCAAUACCCGUAAAACCUCUAUUCUUCGAUGCCGCCUGGAAUUACAUCGAGUAUCCAGGUAGACAAGUCGUGGCGGACUUUAGUGAGAAAGAAGCAGAGAAAUUGGAGCCAGAAACCAAAGGAUCAGAGCCACCUACACAACAAAAGAAGAAGGGCUGGCUCAGUUGGAAAUAG